AUGACUAUUGCGCUCCGAGGCAUCGUGGACCUUUAUCGGAAAGCGAACCGUUCAUCAGAAGUGCAUAGGAGGGCCCUUGGGUUUUCGAUCUCCCACGACGACAACAGUGCACGCAUAUAUGCCCAUUACCCCGAACUUGAUGGCGACAACACGACUUACUGGUGCGAUAGAAUCAAGGAGCUCAAUUUCGGGGAUGGCAAAGGGAAAGAAAAGUGGAAAUGUCACCAAUUUACACUUAAUGUCUGUCAGUAUUUCGCACUACCGUUGCUCGAGCGGCUCAAGACUGUUAUUGAUCAGCUCCCGGACCCGGAUGAUACCCAGGCACUCGAAGCAAUUGCCACUCUUGAUGACAUCAGUUUCCUGAGUUCGCAGGAUGAUACUAGCGCCCCUGAAUUCCAGGAUGAAAGCUUCAGAAAGCCACGUAGAGCUGGAGGGUUGAAUCCAGAGUUACGGACUAUGAUUCAAAAUCUACAACGGCAGUUGGAACAACAGAGGCAAGACACGGAGCAUCAAAGGAAAGAUGCCGAGCAGCAAAGAGCAAUACUAAUGGCACAACUGGAGCGACAGAGGCAAGAUACAGAGUAUCAAAGGAAAGACGCAGAGCAGCAAAGGGCAGUGUUAAUGGCACAACUGGAGCGACAGAGGCAAGAAUCGGAGCAGCAGUGGAAAGACGCAGAGCAACAGACGGCACUGCUAAUGGCACAACUGGAACGACAGAGGCAAGAGUCCGAGGAGCACAGGAAAGAGGCAGAACAGCAACAAAGAGAGCUCGUACAACUGCUGAAAAGGCAAUGA